AUGACCUUGUUAGUGGGCGGUUUUGAGUCCCACGUUUUAUUCGACUCUGGAGCAUCGAAUUGCUUCAUUACACCGGAGCGUGCCGAGAAGAGUGGCAUCCGGAGUAGCGCGGGCGAGAGCGCGGGCAUGGUCAAGGUGGCGGGAGGUGGAUUCUUGUCUACUUUGGGCCGUGCUAGAGGAGUCGAGAUCGAGAUUGCGGGGCAGUCAAUGCCAGCAGACUUAGUCAUCAGUCCGGUGGAGCUGUAUGACGUUAUUCUCGGGAUGGACUGGUUGUCACACUACAGAGUUCAUCUGGAUUGCUACAGAGGUAGAGUGGUCUUCGAGCGAGAUGCAGGGAGGUUGGUUUAUCAGGGAGUGAGACCGACUUCCGGGAGUAUUGUGAUAUCUGCUAUUCAGGCCGAGCAGUUGUUAGAGCGGGGCUGUGAGGCGUAUCUGGCGACGAUUUCUAUGUCUGAGUCAGGAGCUGGAGUUGUUAUGGGAGAUAUUGAGGUUGUCCAGGAUUUUGAGGAUGUCUUUCAGUCACUGAAGGGAUUACCACCAUCUCGGUCUGAUCCUUUCACGAUUGAGUUAGAGCCGGGGACAGCACCGAUAUCGAAGACGCCUUACAGGAUGGCGCCAGCUGAGUUGGCAGAGCUGAAGAAGCAGAUAGAGGACCUUUUGUCUAAGGGGUUCAUUCGACCGAGUGUUUCACCGUGGGGAGCACCGGUGUUGUUUGUGAAGAAGAAGGAUGGCAGUUUCAGACUUUGUAUCGAUUACAGAGGUCUUAACCGAGUCACUGUGAAGAACAGGUACCCACUCCCGAGGAUUGAUGAGUUGUUGGAUCAGUUGAGGGGUGCUACUUGGUUCUCCAAGAUUGACUUGGCAUCGGGGUAUCAUCAGAUCCCGAUAGAUGAGGCAGAUGUCAGGAAGACUGCUUUCAGGACGCGUUAUGGGCAUUUUGAGUUUGUGGUUAUGCCUUUCGGUUUGACUAACGCGCCGGCAGCCUUCAUGAGAUUGAUGAACGACGUGUUCAGGGAGUAUUUGGACGUGUUCGUCAUCAUUUUCAUUGAUGAUAUUCUGGUAUACUCGAGGAGUCAGGAGGAGCAUGCGACUCACUUGAGGUUGGUUCUGGAGAAGCUUCGGGAGCAGAAGCUUUUCGCUAAGUUGAGCAAGUGCAGUUUCUGGCAGCGAGAGAUGGGAUUUCUUGGCCACAUUGUUUCUGCAGAGGGAGUUUCUGUGGAUCCGGCUAAGAUUGAGGCUAUCAGAGAUUGGCCUAGACCUAGUAGUGCCACCGAGAUCAGGAGUUUUCUGGGUUUGGCAGGAUACUACAGGAGGUUCGUCAAGGGGUUUGCUACCAUGGCGCAGCCGAUGACGAAGUUGACGGGAAGGAUGUCCCGUUUGUUUGGUCAGCUGAGUGUGAGGAGAGCUUUAGUCAGCUCAAGGAGAUGUUGA